GCAGCUUCAGCUUCUCAUCACCAGCUCUCAUCGCCAGCACAGCUAGGUCAAUUUGCUCCAGUUCUAUCCCCUGUGUUACUAGUUUUGCUGUUUCUUACGCCACAAUGUCCUUUCCAUUGCGAACCAAUAUCGCCUCUGCAUCGUCGAGUUCCAUAACGAUAGAGGAACCACCCCACCAGGCUCAUAUUUUAUUGCGAAACACCAACAGGAGCCAAAGACGAAGAAGCAACAAUCGUGUAACUUGGACCGAUGAUACUGUGGAUAACGAACACAUGAACAAGAAGAAAACCAAGAUUUGUUGCAUUUUUCAUCCCCAGAGGAAUUUUGAUGAGUCUUCUGAUUCUGGUUCUUCUUCAGACUCAGACUCCGGAUCUGAAUCUGAAUCGGAUUCAGGUUCCAAUCCUGGUUUUGGUGGUUUUGGCAAUAAUCCCUUUUCACCAAACAAUGAUGAUAGAAACUAUAAUGAUCACGACGAUGGUGACGAUGGCUUGAAGGAUAUAGAUGUGGAAAGCCAAAACAAUCAUGACUCAAAUCUUGAAGAAUGUUCUUGCAAUCACAAUCACUCCACGAGGAAAUCAAAAAAGAAUAGAAAAUCUAAAGUUAAAAGACCUUCAAGUCCAAAUGCUUACGAAAAACAACCUUUUUAUGAAAACAAAUCAAAACUUCCUCCUCAUUCAGGAAAUUAGUGCACUGCAAUUUAAAAUCUACAAUCUACAUUGUACAAUCUACAACUUAUAAUUUUUAAUUUUUCAUUUCCUUUUAGAAUUCCAUUUAGAAUUUUAAUUUUCAUCACUGCAAUUUUUAUCGUCAAAGCAUUGUAAAGGUAACUUUUUUUAUUUUGGUUUUUCAUUUCUCGCUUUUUUUUGUAUUUACAUUUGUUUUGGG